GUUUGGUAUAAAAUUUAUUUCAGCUCCAAACAGUUUAUUUGACAUAAAAUUGUAUUUGAACUCGAUACAAAAAUGCUUUCAGUUUCAUUUCAUAAAGCAUUUUUCAUCUCAUCGAUAAUAUACUUUCAUUUUCUAUCAGUUAACUGUGUGGUUCCGACUUUAAGUGUUAAAAAAGUUAAUAGCAAACUAAUUGAAAGGAAACGACAAGACACCUCAGAAAUAUGCAGACUAUUUAACGAAGAAAAUAGUCGCCGCCAAAUUAGUAGUGCUACUAAUAUAAAAUCGAAUGUUAAUAACAGUCCAACAACAAGGCAUCGCAUAAAACGAAAUGUUGAUUCCAACAAAAUUGAUAACCCAGUUUUGCAUCGAAAAGAUAUACUGAGAGUUGAAAAAAUCGUAGACAAAUUAUAUGAUGAUUUCGAAGACAAUGGCAAUCAUAUUACCUAUAGGCAAAGGAAUCUUGAAAAUGUUACAAAGGGAAUGAAGGAUAAACAAAAUAGACGAUUUAAUUUUGCACCUGCUCAACUUUUUGGUCCAUUAGAAAAAAACACUACGUUAGAACUCACGGCGGAACAUACAACCCUUGAAGAAAUAACGAUUCCAUGGACUAAGAAAUGGAAGCAUGGAAUUCUUCCUUAUUUCAUUGAUCCUAAUACGUAUGAUUCACUUCUCUCGGACAUCAUAUUAAAAGCUUUUGACUACAUAGAAAAAGUUUCCUGUAUUCGUCUACAACGCCUUCGAGAAAAACCUGUUGAUAAACAAUCACUGCAAAGUGUUGAAUGGCUUUACAUAACGAAUCCUUCUGGUAUAAGGCAAUGCGUUCAUAGCAAUGAACGGAAACCUAAUACGGGUGUCCAGAUGGUCGUUCUAGGCUACGAUUGUUUAUCACAGGGGGAAAUAGCCCAUGAAGUGAUGCAUGUGCUAGGCUUCUCCCAUGAACACACACGCUCGGAUAGAGAUCGCUACAUCACCAUAUUAUGGGAUAAUAUCAAACCUGGAUAUAAAAAAUAUUUCGCGACGAGGCAUGACGGGCGCCUACUAAAUCUUCCGUAUGAUUACGCCAGCGUUCUUCACUAUCCACCUCGAGCAUUUUCCAAAAAUGGCCAAAUUACUAUCAUGACAGAGUCUGAAAUCAAAGUUGGUCAACGUGAAGCUCUCAGCGAAUUAGACGUAGAAAAGAUCGGUAUGAUAUAUGGCCACGAAUGUGUUGAGCGAAACAAAGAUUAUUUACUCAAAACAUGUCCAAGUGUAGUAAAGAUAAAACCAAAAACUAAAGAAGCCACAGCAAAAGACAUCGAAGAAUACUUCAAAGACAGAAUUUGGCCGUACGGAAUUGUUAACUAUCAAUUAAAAGAUAAAAUGGAAUUUACUGCUGAAGAAAGAGAGAAUAUGAAAGCUGUAUUUGAUCAUAUCGAAAAAGAAACCUGCAUAGAAUUCCGGGAUAUCGCUGAUAAAGAUGACCUUGGUGAUAAUGAUAAUUCCACUGAAACUACUAUAGCUUUAUUUAAUAAAGAAAAGAAUACAGCAGUUCAGUCUACAAAAGAAAACGAAGAAUCUGCUACAGUUACAUCUGACAAAGAAACUGAUAAACAAAUAGAAGGAAAUGAUACAAAUGUUGAAAAUGAAAUAAUUACAAACGAAUCUAAUCCGUCGGAGAGAGUAAAAAUGACAAUCAAACUAUCUGAAUUAAAUCGAGCUACCUCACCGAGCAAUAUGAAACUCUUUGAGAAACAUGAUACAUCUGAUGAAUCUAACCGUAGAUAUGUAAAGCAAACUGCGACGAGUAACAAGACUGUUUUACCUAAGUCACCUGCUAGACGUCAUGCAGCCAAUGUGCUGGUGCUAUCGCGUUCUACAAAACCAGGGUGUCAAUGCCCAGCUGCUGGGCGACCAAACGGCAACCAGGUUCUUACAAUCAACGCAGAUUGUUUCAAUUCAGUGAACGAUCUUCUUCAUUUGUUCGUCCAUGUGUUAGGUCUGGAGCACCAACACAAGAUGUACGAUCGGGACUCUUUUCUACAUAUUGAAUGGGAGAAACUCACUCCAGAAAUAACUGAAGAUAUUAAAAACACAUUGCCUCCGGCCGCUUCAGCCGGAUUCGCUUAUGACUACCAGAGUGUAAUGCACUACCCCUGGCUUCGGAUAAAGGAUGGUGUUACCAAUAUCAUGUAUCCUAUUUGGAAUGAUGGCUGGGCAAUGGGUAACUGGCAAGGAUUAAGCUGGGUGGAUGUUCAAAAGAUAAAUCUCAUUUAUACGGAUCAGUGUGAGAAAAGAAAACAGCAUACGCGCAAUAUCUGACCCAAGGUUGAGACUUGAGACAUAAAUUUAUUAAAAAAAAUAAACUUUAAAGAAUAGUUUAAAAUCU